GUUUCAUUUCCUAGUUUAAGGGGCAGCAGAGAGAACCAAAUGAAGAGGACGAGAAGUUGGAUUAGACUCAUUAGUGAUGAAGAAAAAGAAGAUAAGGACAGAAGAAAUAGCCUAAGGAAAAGAAAGAGAAUCACAUAUAUUGCAGAGGACGAUGAUGAGGAGGAAGACACGGAGGAAGAAGACGAGGAGGAAGAUCAGCAAGACAACGAGCAGCUAAGCCCAGCUACUCUGAAAACCCAUAAUCAGAGGGAACAAGAAAAUAAUUCCAAGAUGAAGACUAAAAAAACAAGAGUCCCUCACCAGAAUCUGUUGAAAGGACUUCCUGUAACCUGUGGAGACAAAAAGGGCUUCCUGGAUGCAGUAAAGCUGGACGGGGGUGAGGAAUGUAUUUGGUGUGAGGGCUCCUGGUUCGCUCCCCCUGCCUUCGAGGACUUUGGGGGGAAAGGCUCCAGUAGAAAAUGGAAAGCGACUAUUUUCCAUGAAGACCAACCUCUGCAGAUUUUGUUUGAAAAAGGGAUAUUAACCACUAAGGGAUUUAAAAGGACACGAACUGAAACUACAAAGCCAAAGAAAAUUCUGUCAUCAAAUCUAAAAUCAGAGAGCCCCUCUGAAGCAUCAGAAAUACAAUCCGCAUAUGAAACUGAGGAAGAUGAUGUUAAAGAUAAUCGGCUUCCAGGCAGUGACAAUCUGGCACUGGAGACAGAGGAGGCAGAGGAAGAAAGGGUAGGGACUGAAAAUGGAGAAGAGGGUGUAGACUCGGGAGAUGACAAGAGUAAAGAAGAGGAAGAUAAGUUGGAAAAAGGAGAAAUGGAAGAUGAGAAUUUGCCUGCUGUUAUCGAUAACAAAGAUGACAACAGGGUUUUUGAAGAAAACGAGACAAAUCUGAUCAUUUCAACAUCUGUGAAAAAUGCAUUGCAGACAGUAAAAAUUGUCAUCGAGAGGCUCCAACAGGCCAAGAGUGAUCAUCAGUCCAAAUGCACGGAGAAUGCAGAAGAAGACAGUUGGGCAGCCACACACUCUGGUCCCUCGCAGAUGUCUAAUGUCCCAUCCAUUGUUCCAGAUGUUAAGGAAGAAAACGGAGAGGGGAUCACACAAUGUGAUGAAAGAAAACAUGGACAGACAGAAAUCAAAACUGACACAGGAAAUCCGCCAAGACCUCUAUCUGUGCCAGCUACCUCAGACAUCAAACCUAACAUUGUUAAUAAAACUGAAGACACCGGAUCAAUCACCGACCACACUGCCAACCUCAAUACCUCCUCUGUGCCGUUAGGCGACAUAAAAGCUGACUGGGAGGAGAAAGAAGAUGGAGCGUUGGAAACAGGGCAUUCUAGAAACAAGGAGAAAAAAUGGAAGAGAAAAGAGCAUCUUGAUAUGUCAAGCUCUGAAGCCAGCAUUCAACCCUUUGCAACUGGAAAUAUCAGAGAUGUCACCUCAAACACAGUAACCACACAGCAGAAUAUUAAGGAUGAAAGCAUAGAGGCAAUGAGCCCUUCCAAUAAACUUCAGAGUGUGCUGGUUCAGUGUAAACAUGAUAACCUGGGGCACACAGACACCUCAACCUACAGCCAUGAUGCAGCACAAUUACAAAUUAAAGAAAUGAAGCAAGAGACAAGGCAUCCACAAACAACCCAAGCCUCAGACAGCACUUAUUCCUCAGACAUGGAGGAGGGUCUGUCCUCUAGACCUUCCACUAGCAUUAAUCAUGUUACAAUGGACCUUGAUCAAUUAAAGAGAGAGAAAAUAAAAUUGCAACUGAAAGUUUUAAAAUUACAAGAGGAAUAUUACGCUCUGAAAAUAAAGGAGUUAAAAAAGUGACCUUUUUUCAGUGGAGACUAGUUGUAAAGUUGAAAUUAGUGUAUGGAAAAACUGGUAAAAACCUGCAUGGUGAGCAUAAAUUCAAAAUUUUAAGUUGUUUAAAGGUCUGGGAAAAACCUUUAAAGGAAAACUUGAGCUCUCCCAGAACAUGUUAGUCAGAGUUGUGUUGGGCACAAAUUGACAAACAGCAUUUACAACAACUUGGGCGGUUACCUUUGAAGGAUAGAGCCAUACAAUUACAACUGAACUGAUUAAUGAUACCUGUAACAGCAGAGCCCCUUAGUAUCCCGAAGACCACUGUCGUAAAGUUGGGAAAACUCACGCCCAUGAAACUACAGCCAGUGUUGCUGACUUGUGCUUGCAGAGGUUCAGUACCAACAUGGGUAGUUGGUCCUUUAGAAAUUAGAACAUGUCACCUCUGCACAAUAAAAACAUAAGUAACCAACACAGUUUUAGAAACAAAGUUAGAUUGUGGGUUAUGGGAAAUUUGAAGUGUAAGCUCAUCAUUUCGGCUACUUUGUAUGUAAUUCUUAUAUAUGAGUAAUAUUUUGGUUGAUUUUUACUGUUGAUUUUAUUGCUGAUUAUAUACCUUGUAUUUCUUAGAAGAGUCUGAUUGUAGUAUGCUGUCGCUGAGGUACCUGGACUCCUGCAUCAGUGCUGUUUUGUUUACAUUAAGGCCCAGGAUGGAAAUGACUUUUGGACUUUUUUGUAUUAUUCUUCACCUGGGUUCCUCCCUCUCUUUGUGUCAGAUAAACAAAACUAAACUACAAACGUUGAUAAGAUUAUGGUCAACUACAAUUACAGCCCAACAGUUGUAUGCCUCAGCCAACCCAGUUGCUAGAAAUAUGGUCACAAUCUCCCUUUCUGUUCCUGAGUUAUGGCGUUGAACAAAAGGCCAGAAAAGUGUUUUUGCAUAACAUUAUCAUCUCACAGUGAAGUUGACCUUUGACCUUUUGGAUAUAAAAUGACAUCAGUUCAUCAUUUUAUCCUAUUGGACAUUUGUCUGAAAAUUUGUCAUAAUUCAUAAAGCGUAUAAAUUCUUUGACAAAAAGAGGCUUUGUGAAGUCAUAGGGACCUUGACCUUUGACCACUAAAAUCUAAUCAGUUCCUCUUUGAGUCCAAGUGAACGUCUGUGCCAAAUUUGAAGAAAUUCCCUCAAGCCGUUCCUGAAGUAUUUCCAUCUGUGUCUGCUUUCCCUCAGUGUAAAGCAGAGGCAUUAACUUGCUGUUAACUCAAAAGCAAAAGGUGUGUUAACCCCAACACACCCUUCUCUGAAAUGUGUACACGUCUUUGUCUGAACACAAUCUCCGAUUUAUGCCACACACCUUGCGUCAGUGUGUUAAUAUAACUAUUAGGCCUACAACCAAUUGUAGCUGAGUAAAGAAAACAAAUAAGUGGAACAGGACCAUAUGAUAAAUUACAGCAUUUAAACUUCAUAUUCAGCAUGUUUUGAGGAAUGUUAAUGCUUGUCUUACCACAGCUGCAUAACUCACUGUAAAUAUUAAUAAUUAUUGUUUAUCCCUUUUAUUUUCAUAUAGUGCAAGUUAUGAAAAAUGAAUUACUCAUGGCCUUUGCCCAUAUUGUGGUUGCUCAGGGAGAAAAAAAAUAUAGUAGUAGUAAUAGUUAAUUAUAAGUAGUUAAUAAAUAUUUGUCUGUAAAAUUUGAGCAGAUUUGUUUCACAUUCUGCAGAACACUAAAAAUAAGUGGAGGAAGUUGAACAUUUGAAAAAGACAAAUGGGUAGGCAUUGAAUUCGAGAAAAGAAGUAUAUUGUAUUAACUGAAUCAUGCAUUUAUGAGAAGACCAGGCUCAUGCUCCUGUAACAAUGAUCAGAGGUACAGUGUUACGCGACACAUAUGACAAGGACAGGUAUCAACAGUCACUGAUGUAACGAAACAGUCUGGAAAUGCAGCAAUAAUGAAAUAUUUUGGGGUAUCUUUGUAAUUUACUGGCUCUUUUACUUGGUUGAUUUUAUAUGUUAGUAUAACACAUCUUAGUAAAAAUGUUUUCAGUUUUUGGAAAGGAAAUUUAUCUUUGGAAAAUCUGAUAUUGUAACCUGAGAACAUUUUCAACUGACAAAUAUUUGAAAU